AUGGAGCUGGUCCUGCCACUUGGGAAGGGCAUUAGCAGCCCGCUGAGGCCAUCGGGCAGGGGUACGCCCAGGCCCAGGAGUUCGCUUGCUGCACCACUCCACUGGAGUCACUGGAGGUCCAGCGCCGGCUGCCUCUCUGCUGUAGCGCUUGCAGCAAGAGCGAGAGCCAAAACCAGGAAGCGCCCGUCAGGGCUCGGCUUCAACAUGUCGAAGGUGUCCGACAAACCUGCCGAAGAUUUUGCCGGCGGUCCCAAGGCUCUUGAGAUUGUGAAGUACCCGCAUCCAGCGCUGCGGCGGCCCAAUGCGGAGGUGACUGACUUUGGCGACUCGUUGCGGCAGCUGUCGGAGAACCUCUUCCGCACCAUGUACGAGUCAGAGGAUCCUCCUGGGGUCGGUCUGGCAGCCCCACAGUGCGGGGUUAAUCUCCGGGUGAUGGUAUACAACCACCUGCGCAGCGAGGAGGGCAUAGACCCUGCAGGUGAAACCGUUUUUGUAAAUCCACGGAUCACUGAGUGCGCGGACGAGACAAUUGAGGAGAUGGAAGGAUGCCUCUCCUUUCCUGGCUUCAGCGCCGCGGUGGUGAGACCCACAUGGAUUGAGGUAGAGGCAGUGGACCUCGAUGGUAACCCGUACAAAAAACGAUUGGACGGUUGGCAAUCGCGACUCUUCCAACACGAGUACGACCACCUGGACGGGAUUGUGUACAUAGACCACAUCAGCAAGGAGGACAAGAAGCUCAUCGCCCCAAAGCUGAAGAAGCUCGUGUCUGACUACACUGCUGGAGGUGAGGCUUUGCAGCUGCUGGGCCGCUUCGCCGCCUGCGGCCAAGCGCUGCAGGAGAUCCUCGCCACGGCGGAGGCGGCCGUGCUUCGGCAUCACAUGGGCGCCUGCGGAAAGCUGCGGGAAGCAAGGCAGAUUUGCCAGCAGCUGAAGCAGGAGGGCUUCUUGGCAUGGCGCCUCAGUGCCUCAGAGCUGAGAUUGCAAUUUGCAAUGCCGCUUCCCUUGGGUGAAGCAAUUGGACCCAGCAUUGGGGUGACGCUGAAGGUCCCAGCGCUGCUUUCUACGCGCCUUCCGAAGCCGACAGGUUGCCUAAGCAUGGCCAGCGUCAAGGAGAGCAUUGCCAAGACUGCGUUGUUGCAGGCGAGGGAAGUUUGCGGGAGCACAUCGGACCACAAAACCCUCAUCAAGAAGUUCAUCCGCGAGUUCGAGAGCGAUCUCUGCAACGAUGUCAAGUACGGGAAGCGCAAGUACCAGGCAAUGCUUCAGCAGGCCGUGAACAACCGCGUGGGCACUGUGGUGAUCGAUCUGGAGGACGUGGAGCAGUUCUGCCGCCGGGAGCUGAAGGACGCGGACAUGUCCCAGGCCCUGAAUCUGAAGAUGCAGCAGUCCAUCGAGAGCUUUGUCAGCUCCAUUGAAGGCAACGUGAGCCGUUACCAGUGGUUCUUCUAUGAGGCCUGCGACCAAGAGCAGCCUGCCCGGGACGAGGGCUACCGAGCGGAGGGUCCCGCGCGUGCCCGCGACGCUGUCCAGUGCUGGCGCGAGCGCCUUGCCAAGCAGCAGGAGCAGGCUGGCGGGGCCCUGCCAAAGGAGUCCGGGGUGCCGGCCAAGCUUAAGAACCCUUGGGACAUCCGCUUCAAGCCCCGAGCCAAUGGCCAGAGCCUCACCCUCCGCCAGAUCAAUGCGGAGAAGGUGGGCUCCUUGAUGCAGCUGGACUGCCUGGUGGUGAACAUGUCCCAGGUGAAGCCGAAGGUAGAGGUGGUGACCUAUCACUGCGAGAUGUGCGGCUCAGAGAUCUUCCAGUCAGUGGAAGGGGAGGGCUACACCCCGCCCAAGGAAUGUCCCAGCCAGAAGUGCAAGGACAACAAGCAGACAGGCCACCUGCGCUGCAACAUCCGCACCUGCGCCUUUACGAAGCACCAGGAGAUGAAGGUCCAGGAGAUGUCCGAGCACGUUCCGCAGGGCGGCGUGCCCCGGAAUCUGACGGUGCUGGUCGAGGGGGACCUCACGCGCCAAGUGCUGCCCGGCGAUGCCAUCACCCUGACAGGUGUCUAUUUUCCUCACACCCUGCCCUACUUCAUGAAGAUGAGGAUGAGCUCGCCCACCACGCAGUCGAUGUUCAUCGAGGCGCACUACAUCCAGAAGCAUAAGAAGGGAUACGCGGAGUCCACUUCCGAGGAGGACAUCAUGGAGCACAAGAUCAACGAGGCGCGCAGGAAGGGAAGCCUCUACGAGGCUGCAGCAUUGUCCAUUGCCCCAGAAAUUUUUGGCCAUCAGGACGUGAAGAAGGCUCUUUUGCUUGUGCUCAUCGGCUCCUACACCAAGAAGAUGCAGGAUGGCCUGAAGAUCCGUGGGGACAUCCACACCCUGAUGAUGGGCGAUCCCGGGGUGGCCAAGUCCCAGCUCCUGAAGCAGGUCUGCGCCAUCGCUCCGAGGUCCGUGUACACCACCGGCAAGGGCUCCACGGGCGUGGGCCUCACCGCCACAGUGAACCGGGACAAUCGUACCGGCGAGGUUACUCUGGAGGGCGGCUCCUUGGUGUUGGCGGAUAUGGGGGUAUGCUGCAUCGACGAGUUCGACAAGAUGGAGGAAGGCGACCGCACGGCCAUCCAUGAGGUCAUGGAGCAGCAGACAGUAUCCAUUGCCAAGUCGGGCAUUACCACCACGCUGAAUUGCAGGACUACCAUUUUGGCGGCCGCAAAUCCCGUGUACGGCCGCUACAAUCCCUACAAGUCGCCAGUGGAGAACAUUGAUCUGCCUGCUGCGUUGUUGUCCCGCUUCGAUCUCGUGUUCCUGCUGCUUGACACAGUUGACUGCGACAAGGACAAGCAGCUGGCGGAGCACGUGACCAAGGUGCACAGCGCCUACGAGAAGAAGGAUGCCGGAGAGGCUGAGGCGGAGGCAGAUGUGCUGGGCCUGGGCUUCAAGCCCUUUGACCACAAGUUCAUGCGCGCCUACGUCCGGAAAGCCCGCAGCUUCGAACCAGUGCUGGACGAUGCCCUGCGCAGCGACAUGGCCGACGCUUAUGUGGCAAUGCGGGAUGACGAGAAGCGCGAGGGCAUCCAGGAGAAGAAGUCUUACACCACGCCCCGCACCCUGCUGGCCAUCAUGCGCUUGUCCCAGGCCCAUGCACGUGCCCGAUUCUCCGACCGGGUGGAGCGCCAAGACUUCGAUGAGGCCAUGCGCCUCAUGAAGGCGUCCAAGGAGAGCAUCGAGCUGAGCGCGCCAGCCAAGCGUGGCCAGAACCCGUUGGAUGUGGUCUAUGAGAUCCUGGCAGAUCUGAGCCGAAGAGAGGCGGCACUCAAGGCAGACGGCUGGGUGGAUUUGACGCAUGUGGUCAGCAUGGCCGGGCACAAGGCUUUGAGCAAGGACAUGGUCCUUGAGGCCAUCGAGAGCUGGCAGAGCUUGAGUGUGGUCACCAUGAACCCCGAGAAGACGAUGGUUCAGUUCAUGGUGCCUGUGUAG